CCGCCCCUAGUUAUAAGAAACAGUUUCAUAAGACUUGUGUUACAUGCUAAAUCUCCAAGUCAAGUCCGUGUCAUCCGGCUUCAAACGAUAUAUUUAUGUGUAGCAAGUUAACAAUUGUGAAACAUAAUUCAAUGGCUUUAGUUUAUGCAGUAGUACAUCACAGGUUCAUUUUGUUCUCUCAUUCAACUCUGCUGCUACUGUUACUUAUCUUAACUAGCAAAGGGGAAGGACACGGUGAGGAUUGCCCAGACUCAUUUGAUUGUGGAUAUCUUCGGUCUAUUCGCUACCCUUUUACCAAGGUUGGAUUCCCAAACUGUGGUGCAUUGCCAAUUCAAGGUUGUGAUGAUGUUAACAAAACUGGAAUCAAGACCAUCCAGUUAACCAAAGGAGGAACACAUUUUCAAGUUAGAAAUAUUGACUCAUUCAAGGGUAACACAAUUUCCAUUAUUGACCAGAAUUUUAUCAAGCUUUUGAGGACAAAUGCUUGUGAAGUCUUCACCUAUGUUAAUAUUAUCCUCCCUCCUCCUUCUCCUUUAGGAACUUUUUAUGUCAAUGACAACAUAACCGCUUUCAAAUGCAACCGGACAGAAAAAUUAGUCACCAACCCUCCAAACAAUUUCUUCAAAAACAGUUCUUGUCCGAACUAUGAUUUUUAUUUCGGUGGUUCAACAUCCGAUGAUGAGCCUAAUAACUCUUUCCCGUUGUGUUCGCCGUUUCAUCUUCCUGUCAUUGGAUUAGGCUUUGCACUUUCUGGAAAUCCAUUUCCAUUCUUAGCUCAAGAUAUUACCUUUAAGUUUAAACCUUCCGAUGAGUGUGAACGGUGUCACCGUGAUAAGAAAGGUCCUUGUCAUGCUCGCAACAACGGACAAAUUUAUUGUGCAAGUAAGCGUAGAAGUUCAUAUUGGAAGCUACCAUUGGUUUUAGGAGUCGGUGUAGGACCAUGGAUCAUAGUUGGAUUGUUCCUCACGCUAAGGUACUUCAAACGGAAAUAUGACUCUGCACACCUCCAACUCCAACCAAGCAACAGCGCCUAUGUUGAUCCUCAUCCAAAUGGUGAAUUGGAGUCGAACAAACUCUUCUUUGGUAUACCUGUCUUCUCCUACGAAGAGCUUCAACAAGCAACAAACAAUUUCGACAGCACAAGAGCUUUAGGAGAUGGAGGUUUUGGCACUGUUUACUACGGGAAACUCAAAGAUGGAAGGGAGGUUGCUGUGAAAAGACUAUUUGAGCACAAUUACAGGAGAGUAGAACAGUUUGUGAAUGAAAUUGAAUUACUCGCUCGCUUGCGCCAUAGGAACCUUGUGUCUCUCUAUGGCUGCACUUCCCGUCACAGCCGUGAGCUACUCCUUGUAUAUGAAUACAUUCCAAAUGGAACUGUUGCUAGCCAUCUCCAUGGGGAUUUAGCUAGGGCCGGUUUGCUGACAUGGCCUAUUCGAAUGCAAAUUGCAAUAGAAACUGCUUCUGCGUUGGCUUAUCUACAUGCUUCUGAUAUCAUUCACCGUGAUGUCAAAACCAACAACAUUCUACUUGAUGUUAACUUUUCUGUUAAGCUAGCAGAUUUUGGACUAUCGAGGCUGUUCCCGAACAAUGUCAGCCAUGUUUCGACUGCUCCACAAGGAAGUCCGGGUUACCUCGACCCUGAAUAUUUCCAACUUUAUAAGCUCUCAGUGAAGAGUGAUGUUUAUAGUUUUGGCGUUGUGCUCAUCGAGCUAAUAUCGUCUCUGAAAGCAAUGGAUUCUGCUAGAGAAAAAGAGGAAAUUAACUUGGCGAAUCUGGCGGCUAAGAAGAUAAGAAAAGGUGCAAUUGGGGAGCUGGUUCAUCCAUCACUUGGGUUUGAAUCAGAUAGUGAAGUUAAAAGGAUGGUAAAUUCAGUGGCUGAAUUGGCAUUUCAGUGCGUGCUAGGAAACAUGGAGUUGAGACCUUCCAUGGACCAUGUUUUGCAAGAACUCAAGAAAAUUGAUGGUGGGAAUUUUGAGUUUGAUCACCUAGAGAAAAUACGCGAUUGUGUUGGGUCCUCGCGCUCGGAAGAAAUACAUCCACCAUUAGAUGAAACUUCCAUGAAUAAAAAGCAAGUAUCUUCUUCACCAAAGUCAUUGACUGAGAUAUGGGAAAGUGAAUCUACUACUCCCAAUGUCAGUGGUUAAUCCAUUUUUCUAAGAAUAGUUACCAUUCUUUAUGCUUUGAUAAAUUUAAGAAUAUUUACUAGAGUUUUUUACUCUACAAUGUAGUACUAUCUAGUUAAAGUAAUGAAUGUUGUACAUACCUAAAAGGACUAAAAAGAGAAUAAAUCUCAAACCCAAAGGCUUAAGAAAAUUUGUGCAACA